CUCCAAUAUGUAAUAAUAUAAAAUGAAUCCAUUUGGUAGUUUUGAAGACUGUAAUAUAGUAGAAGAAGAAAAACUAGCCUCUGGUUCUAUAAAUAUUCCAUACAUUAAGACUCAAUUGGAAAGAAUGACUUUCCAGUGAAAUGUAUGUGAACGCCAGUAUCAGGCAUUCUCAAUAGCGCCAGCUUGUCCAAAAUGUAAAAGCGAGAAUAGUCGUGAACCGAUAGAAGAAGAAAAGAAAGGAGUCCUGCAAAAUUUAGAUCAUGAAUUGUCAGAAAGUUAUGAUAUAGAGAGGGCUCCACCUUUUCCUACCUUAAAUAGGCUUAUUAGAAAUGACCCAUUGAGAAAUAAUAGAGACCGAGGAAAUGUUAUUCUUAAUAUUAGUUUUGGCUAUUCUGAAAGUUUUGAAGAUAGUGGAGGAGAAGAAAGUGUUUCAAGCUAUUCAAAUAGCUCAGAAAAUAUCCUCAUGAGACGUCCACCUUGGUCUCCUCCUGAUAGUAGUAGAUCUAUUAAUUUGAGAGAAGCUUUACCUGGCAGAGGAAGAGAACUUCAUCAGAAUUUAAUAGAAAGGCAUGAAGCUGGUGAUCGAUUGAGAGGGUCUUUUGGGAGGAGGCCAGGAUUCAUUGGUUUUCAGUCUAGACGAGAAAUUGGUAACCUUAAUAAAAGAAGUAAAGCUGCUAUUAAGAAUUUGAAGUCUAUAAGAAUAAAUGAAAAACAUUGAAGCGUAAAUGAUGAAACUGGCAAAUUCGAAGCACCUUACUGCUGUAUCUGAACAGAUGAAAUGAAGAUUAAAGCCGAUAAAUUGCCAUGAGAUCACCUAUUCCAUUCGGAAUGAAUCAUUGAAUGGUUAAAUAAACAUCCUAUUUGCCCUCUCUGCAGGACUAGUUUUAACUAA